CGGAGUUACAGCAAAUGAAGAUCCCUUGCGUGCUGUGGAUCAACUUUUCAAGAACGACUGGCGAGAUGAACGCACAGAUGCAAAUCAUUAAUUUGUACGUCAAUCAGUUCAAUUGCGAUGUUACAUUCCAAUUCGACACAGCCGAAAAAUACGAGUCCAUCGGCGGUCAUGUCGCUAUUUUGUCGGUUAGGAGCUCCGUCUUCGCAGCCAUGUUCCAGAGCGGAAUGCAAGAAACAAACACGAGAAAAGUUUGCAUCAAAGACAUCAAACCGGAUAUUUUCAAACAAUUGCUCCAUUACAUUUACUCUGGUCGAACAUCGUCAAAGUUGUCAGAGGAAAACGCCCAGCCUUUGUUUAUUGCGGCCGAUAUGUACGACGUUGACGACCUGAAAUACGAAUGUGUCCAAUUCUUGUUAUCUUGCAUCAAAUUGGAGAACGCUAUUAAUCUAAUGGCGUGGGCGCACGUUCACUCAAUCUAUUCCCUUAAAGAAGCAACGCUCACUUUCAUGGAAUCAUGUGGAAAAGAAAUAUGCAAACAAGAUGAUUGGGAGAGGCUGAUCAAGAAUUAUCCAGAUCUUUGUUUGUUGGCCACUCGACGUAUGUUGAAAUAACAAUCUAUAUUAGCAGAUUAUCUAUAUGUUGAAUUAUAAAUCUUAUUUUUUUUUUAUUUGGGGAAUUAUAUCAUGAAGGCGGGGACCAUCAUUUAAAGCUUAUAUCAGUUCAAUAAAAUCAAAUCAGAUUUUA